GAUGAGAAUGCCAGGCGGAUGAGCUACGCAGCAAGCAUACUGAAUACGCCUCAGGUUCGAUCUCAGCGACUGAUCGGCUACACGAAUCCGCGUUAUCAAUGGGAGCAGUACUGGAAGUCACAUGAGGACCUGCAGAAGAUCAAGAAGAAAGCGGUGCGGAAAUACUAUGAGCGCGUCAAUUAUCUUGUUCAACAUUACUUGUACAUCGAUCGUCUACUCGACAGCAGUCUGCCGCAUGACUUGAUCCAGGAAUAUCAGCAGCCUCCGAAGCAGACAUCAGCAAUCAAUCAGACACCAUGGCAAGAGAACAUGCCCGAGACUAUAGAGGAGGAUGAGGGCAGCACCUCUCCUCCGCAGCCAAUAUAUCCUGAGCGUCAUGGCUCCUUCGACACUACCGAACCACCGCCGACCAAAGUCAAGAGGACGCCCAAAGAUAUUUACACUGUCAAAACCCGGAACAAGAGCGAUGCAAACGGCGAAGAGCAACCUCUAUUGAGCCCUGAAUCAUCCACAGCUGGCGAUGUCGAAAAUGGCCCCAACAUGCCACCAGACCUCGAAUAUGAGGAAGAAGCUUCAUCGCAAUCACGAAUUGUUUCGAUCGCCAUCAUCGUCAACCUGAUUGCAAACACAGCACUUUUGAUCUUGAAGAUCAUUGUAGUCAUUCUUUCCUCCUCUGUCUCGGUUCUUGCGUCUUUAGUCGAUGCCGCGCUGGACUUCCUCAGUACAGCCAUCGUGGGUAUCACCACACGUCUCAUCGCUCAUACAGACCAGUAUGCGUAUCCAAUCGGUCGUCGACGUCUCGAACCGGUGGGCGUCCUGGUAUUUUCCGUCAUCAUGAUCACAGCCUUCAUCCAGGUUGGCUGGGAAGCUAUUUCCAAACUUCGAAGCCCCGAUCACGAGGUCGUGCAGCUCACAGUCCCUGCCAUCGCCAUCAUGGCAUCAACGGUCGUCAUCAAGGGCGCAUGCUGGUUCUGGUGUCGACUUAUCAAGAACAGCUCAGUCCAGGCACUAGCCCAAGACGCUAUGACCGAUGUCGUCUUCAACAUCUUUUCCAUCAUCUUUCCGCUCAUCGGCUUCUACGCUAGGAUAUGGUGGCUUGAUCCUGUCGGAGGUAUUUGUUUAUCACUAUACGUCAUCAUCAACUGGGCCCGGACAGCGAACGAGCACAUUCGAAACCUGACCGGAGCAUCGGCAUCCGCUGACGAGCGCAACAUCCUGCUCUAUCUCACGAUGCGCUUUGCGAAAACGAUCAAGAAGAUCCAAGGUCUACAAGCGUACCAUUCGGGCGACAAGCUUAAUGUUGAGGUUGAUAUUGUGCUCGAUGAAGAUAUCAGCUUGCGCGAUUCACAUGAUCUCGGCGAAAGUUUGCAGUACGUGAUUGAAAGCGUGCCGACUGUUGAUCGCGCAUUCGUGCACAUGGAUUACGCGGACUACAACUUGCCGAGCCAUCUUGCUCAAGAA